AUGAUGAACGACGUGAAUGGAGAUGGUGUGAAGGUUGGCCCUUCGUCGUACGAGCCACGGGUACGCAAAGGUCGGAUGCUUGUGCUGUAUUUUGACGGGUCGGAUGAUCGUUAUGACUCCACAAACUCAAAUGUCGUCAAGCUAUUCUCGUUUCUUGCGAAGGGUGACCCAAAUCAGCUAGUGUACUACCAGGCUGGUAUUGGAACAUACAACUUGGGCCCUCAAUUUGUUUCGGGUAUAGCUCGAUGGAUCGCGAGAAUUGUCGAUCUUGCUGUUGCUUUCUCCCUCGGUGGCCAUGUGAAGGGUGGAUAUAGGUUCUUACAGGAUCACUACCAGGAUGGGGACCGAAUCUGUUUAUUUGGGUUCUCGAGAGGCGCGUAUACAGCUCGAGCCCUUGCGGGGAUGCUAUACACUGUCGGGCUGCUCCCACCCGGCAUGGCCGAAGAAGUCCAUUUUGCUUAUGAAAUUUAUAAGAAUCAGACGGCAAGCGCGUCGUACAAGCGUGAUUUCUCACGUCAGGUCAAGAUUGAAUUUAUUGGGGUUUGGGAUACCGUGUCGUCCGUCGGAGCACUCAUCCCUCGUAUCCUUCCCUUCUCCAGUGAUAACCACAUCACGAGGACUUUUAGACAUGCUAUGAGUCUGGAUGAACAUCGCGCCGCCUUUCAGUGUAAUCCUUGGCAAAGGACUGUGGAUGGCCAACAGGGGGGUAGUGGGCCUCGCGUAGGGAUUUUGAGGACAAGCUUGUCUAUUCUGUGGAAGACUCUGGCGUUCUGGAACUGGAGAAAGAAUUGGAGGAAAGGGGACCUGGAGAGUGGUGAGGGGCCUACUAAUCCUGAACCACCUACACAUGUGAAGGAAGUGUGGUUUGCUGGUUGUCAUUCAGACGUAGGUGGUGGGAGUGUCGCAAAUGACUCCAAAGUAGCACUCUCUAACAUUCCACUGAGAUGGAUGAUCAAAGAGAUCCUCGAGGCUGACACUGGGAUUAUCUUCAAUGACGAUCCACGUCUCGCUGAGCUUGGAAUUGUUCUGAAUCCACCUCCGAUCGUCACGGCGAAUAUCGCUGAAAGCACCAGCCAUGUAGACGAAACGACACCCUUGCGUCCACGCAUGGAUGUUCAUACUACAACUCAAUACACGGCUCCCGAUUCCACGCUUGAAUUUGUGCUGGAAAACAAGGACAACCUUACAGCUACACGCGAGGCUUUACCCAGAGACACCGAUGCAAGGCUCGAGCUCGAAGAUCUGCCGUCGAGGCAUUUACCUGAUGAUAUUCACGAAGAGGACGUGGUUACUUCCAUGCAUGACGAAUUGAAGGCGGAUCCGCUGUGGUGGAUAUUGGAGUUUCUCCCAUUCUUGCGCUCGAAGCAGAAGGCUGAUGGGGAAUGGGUUAGCUACCCAAGGAUCAACCUCUUCAGAGGCCGCGAAAUUCCUCCUCCACCAGCUGAGGACUCGCCUAAUUCAUCUUCUCAGCCAGGCGAUCAUCGUGGUGUUCACAUUCCUCCUUGUACGCUAUUCCACGUUUCAGUUCAAGCGAGGAUGAAUGCUCCUGCGGAAGUGUGUGGGCAGCGAUCCUGGAGGACGCUGUGGUUGAAGAAGGAACCCUAUGCGCCUAGGGCGAGGCUACAUGGCCCCAUGAAGUUUGUACGGUAGGCGCGUUGAUGGCAGAUGACGUGUUAUGGCUUGGCGAUGGCUUCUCCGUGUGAUUCAAUUUCUGUCGUCGUUCUUUAGUUCUGGGCUGCCUCUUCUCUGUUGUUUGUUCGUGACUUUAUUCGCUCCAAUUUGAAAACAGAUGCGAGUGGGCGCGUUCGAUCAGAUAGGAUAACCCCUACUAGCGUGAAGGCGCGAAUCUCAUAUCCAUGUCGCCUAUGGUGGUGUAUGGUGUUGUAUGGCCCGUUCGUUGGUGCGCAGCCGAGGAUGAUCGGCCGUAUGGCCUUCUAGCAGAGUUUCAUGUAUGCAGGCCAUUUUUAUGACUCGUUUGAUUACUUCUCUCCGUCCAGAGUCUAUCGCGCUUCAGUCAUUAACCCCGGUAACGGCUUGAGGGCAUUGCCUAGAAAGGAAAG